AUGGCUCUCCAGGUAAGGGACACCAUCCGCAGCAGCAGUGAGUCCCUGCUUCCCCCUGUGGAGCUCUGCUAUGAGAACGUGAACGGAUCCUGUGUCAAGUCUCCCUACUCACCGGGACCCCGCGUGCUUCUGUACGUGGUCUUUGGCUUUGGGGCUGUGCUCGCAGUGUUUGGAAACUUCCUGGUGAUCAUUUCAGUCCUGCAUUUCAAGCAGCUACAUUCUCCAACCAACUUCCUCAUUGCCUCCCUGGCCUGUGCUGACUUUUUGGUGGGUGUGACCGUGAUGCCCUUCAGCAUGGUCAGGUCUGUGGAGAGCUGCUGGUACUUUGGGGCUGGUUUUUGUACUUUCCACACAUGCUGUGAUGGGGCAUUUUGCUACUCUUCUCUCUUCCACUUGUGCUUCAUCUCCAUCGACAGAUACAUGGCUGUCACUGACCCUCUGAUCUACCCGACCAGGUUCACCCCGUCCGUUUGCGGCUCCUGCAUUGUCUUCUCCUGGCUUUUCUCGGUUACUUUCAGUUUCUCACUUCUUUACUCGGGCGCAAAUGAAGCUGGCUUGGAGGACCUAGUCAGUGCUCUCUCCUGUGUGGGAGGCUGUCAAAUGGCAGUAAAUUCAAAGUGGGUGUUUGUGAGUUUUGCUCUAUUUUUCAUCCCUACUCUUGUGAUGAAAGUUGUUUACUCCAAGAUUUUUCUCAUAGCUAAGCAACAAGCUAGAGAAAUUGAAAGUCUGGGCAAUAGGGCUGAGAAAUCGUCAGAUAGCUACAAAGACAGAGUGGCCAAGAGGGAGAGAAAGGCAGCUCGAACCCUGGGGAUUGCUGUGGUAGCAUUUCUGGUUUCAUGGCUACCCUACUUCAUUGAUUCAAUAAUCGAUGCCUUCCUAGGGUUCAUCACGCCCACAUACAUCUAUGAAAUAUUGGUUUGGUCUGCUUACUACAACUCAGCGAUGAACCCCUUGACCUAUGCUUUCUUUUAUCCUUGGUUUCGAAAAGCCAUCAAACUAAUCAUCACUGGCAGAGUCAUGAGAGAGAAUACUUCAGCAAUACGUUUAUUUUCUGAUUAA